AUAUACUCACACGUUUAUCUUACGCACAAAAGAUCCAAUGAAUACUUAAAAAAAUAUCCACACUGCUUAGACUUUAAGUACACUUCAGAAGCAAAUUAAAGGUUUCAUUAUUUGGUGUGAGGAUAGCUAGAGUUGUAAAAAUGGCAUUGAGAGGUAAACCAUUAUUAGCCACCAACACCAACAACAUAGGCACAGAUGUUUUCCAAGCUGGAAACAUUAGUUGGAAACAAUUCAAUGUUAACACAUCCCCAAAACCAUUGUUGGUGUUUGCACCAACAGUGGAAGGAACAUACCCUGUCAUAUUGUUCUGCCAUGGUUAUGCCAUUUCUAAUAGCUACUACUCUAAGCUCUUAGGCCACAUAACUUCUCAUGGAUUCAUUGUUGUUGCUCCUCAAUUGUUUACCUUGAACAUGCCUAUGCUUGGAGUAUGUGAAGUAAAAUUUGCUGGAAAAGUUGCAAAUUGGAUAGCCAAGGGACUUCAACCUAAGAUCAAUGAAAACAUUCAACAAAAUGUUAAAGCAAAAUUGGACACAUUGGUUCUAGCUGGUCAUAGUAAAGGUGGAAAAACAGUUUUUGCCCUAGCCCUAGAUAAUGCAAAAACCAACCCCAAAUUUUCAGCCCUAAUUGGAAUAGACCCAGUGGCAGGCCCAAGUAAGUGCAAGAUAACAAGAUCACUUCCUCACAUUCUAACGGGCCAGGCCCAGUCCUUCAAUUUAAACAUACCUGUUAUGGUAAUUGGAACUGGGCUAGGCCCAGAGCCUUCUAAUUGCUCUCCUAAAGCCUGUGCUCCUGAGGGGGUGAACCAUGAGGAAUUUUUCAAGGAGAGUAAACCACCUUGUGCACAUUUUGUUGCUAAGGAUUACGGUCAUAUGGAUAUGUUGGAUGAAGAGACACAAGGUUUAAGAGGUAGGCUUUUGAAGUGUAUGUGUAAGAAUGGAAUUGGGCCUAAGGAUCUGAUGAUAAGGACUGUGGGUGGGUUAGUUGUUGCAUUUUUGAAAGAUUUUUUGUAUAACCAAAAGAAUGAUUUUCAAGCUAUUUUGGAUGAUCCAAAUCUGGCUCCUGCUAAGCUUGAAGACCCUGUUUUUUAUCCAUGAUGUUGUAAUUUAUGUUUACAUUUCUUUAAGAAACAUUCUAAAAUUAACUUAUUUUAAUUUAAUGAUUUUCCUCCCAGCUAAAAAAAUUCCUUUGAUGUCCUAGAUAUUGUUUAAGUGAUUUUUCUUUUUUUAGGAUAUUAUUGUUCAAAAAUGGAAUCAAUGCUCUUAUC